UUUGGACGAUUCCUAGAUGCUGUAGCUCAGAAAUUGUACAAAACCAGCAUGCCAGCUAGUUUAGUGGAACAACUCUUAAGAUUGUGUUCACAGCAUGCGCUCUUUGCUCAUAGUAAUAGUAAAUGCCCUUAACUGCUUUCUAUACCGUUGGCGCUUGUAGCUAUAAGCGUUGAACAACACUAUAUUUUACUUGACAGCCAGCUAGUUGCGGCAAGUAGACCGACUGCGCCUUUCAUUUGUUUCUUGCUCUCGAGUUUGAUUUAGUCGAAGGGCUAUGACAUUCAUCAGAUCAGCUCUCGUGAAAAACAGGAGUUUAUGGCUUCCAGGUCUCAGUGCUGUAAGGGCCAUAUCCUCUCCGGGGGGCCCCACUCCUCCUUUUACCACCCUGUCUGUCAGUCAACCUGCCACUGCUGUCACUCACAUAGAGCUGCACCGGCCAGAGAAACGCAAUGCCAUGAACAAAGCCUUCUGGAGAGAAAUGGUGGAGUGCUUUACACAGAUAGCUGAGGACCCGGAUUGCCGGGUGGUUGUCGUCUCUGGUGCAGGAGACGUCUUCACAGCUGGCAUUGACUUGAUGGACAUGGCCAGUGAAGUGUUGCAGCCUGAAGGGGACGACAUGGCCAGGACUUCCUGGAACAUGCGACGCAUCAUUGCCAAGUACCAGGAAACCUUCAGCGUCAUUGAAAGGUGUCCAAAGCCCGUGGUUGUGGCAGUGCAGGGAGCUUGUAUUGGAGGAGGAGUGGAUCUGAUCACAGCCUGUGAUAUCCGUCUCUGCACUCAAGAUGCCUGGUUUCAGGUGAAGGAAGUAGAUAUUGGCCUAGCAGCUGACGUUGGAACUCUGCAGCGCCUACCUAAAGUCAUUGGGAGCCGGAGCCUGGUGAAUGAGUUGGCUCUGACAGCGAGGAAGAUGUACGCCGAUGAGGCCAAGGAAAGUGGAUUAGUCAGCCGUGUAUUUCCGGACAAGGAGGCGAUGUUUGCUGGAGCUCUUGAGAUGGCAGGGGAGAUAGCAGGCCGCAGCCCUGUGGCUGUCCAGGGAACCAAGGUCAACCUGAUCUACUCCAGAGACCACAGUGUGGCAGAGGGCCUGAACUACAUGGCAACGUGGAACAUGAGCAUGCUGCAGACGGAGGAUGUCAUGAAGUCAGCUGCAGCCUCCAUGGAGAAGAAGAGUCCUAAAACAAUAACUUUCUCCAAGCUCUGAACCUGAGGAGUAGAAAGAGGCUGAAGUGCAGCUUUUCUUAGGCGAGGGGGAAUGGAUGGAGGGGAUUAUCUACUGAACUAGUUGAUACAAUUUGUAUGUCCCUGCGUCCAGUAUUAAGGAAGUUUGAGGUAGUUCUGGGCGUUAGCUUACAUUAACAUCAGUGCUGGAAGUCUUUGCUGUACCCGAACACUUCCAGUCUUUGCACUAAGCUCGUUAACGUUGGCUCGCAAAUCUACCUCGUAACUUCCUUCAUACUGGACGCAGAGACAUGCAAAUAGUAUCCACGAGUUCAUCUGGGUCGGUUGAUAAAUGCCAAAAUGACCAACUAUCCAUUUAGGCUAAUAUGAAAAGGACUUAUUUCGCCUCCUGACUCCAGCAGAUGCAUAUGUUUGUGUGUUGGUGCCUUGUUGUCUGUCAGAAUCGCCCAAAGCAGAGCUGUCUGUAAACUAAAGAGUUAGGGGCCUCUCUCUUGCUAGCUCCGCAUGCAGGAUUCAGGUUGGGUACUCUACCAACCAGCCUCACACUUUUGUAAAUCUAUAAAAAUGAUUGCAUCAUAAAACCUUUUUACAUUUUUUUUUUUUAAAAGAUGAACUGAGCCUAAGGGCCCUGUUUCAACAUGUUAAGUGUUUGUGCUGAGUUUUAGGCUUUGUGCAUACAAUUCAAUACCUAAAUGUGAAGUGUAUGCAUCUUUCACCAAGCCAAUGCUCAUAGUGUUGUUCUAGUUUGGACCACUGCCACCGUUGGAGGAGAUAUGGCCUAUUGCCCAGACUCACUUGCCUGCGUCUUGAUUACGCUCAACUGGCGACUUGUUUACUAUAAAUAUGCACAGUGGGCAUCAGGGAAGCCCGGGGUGGACUAAAAACGUUGGUCACGCCAUAAAAGCAGGCGUUCUCCUCGCAUUAAGACGGCAAGGUUGUCCGACCAUAGUGUAGACCUAUAUCAGUAAAGAGGUCGUAGUUGGAGGCCUGAAGAUGCUUCUGUCUCCCAUCCGUUGUAUCAUCCUUCUUCUCCUUGUGAACUUCGUCUAUUCUGGUACGUUAACGAUCCAUAAUGAACUGAUCAUUUAAAAAAAUACUCAAAUGAUAAAAUAAGGUAGGGCAGAGUUGGGUCGGUUGAGCCAUCCUUGUUCCUAGGAAACGAUACACAAAAUGUAUAAUUUGACCAAAUAUUUAGUAAGAGGUGAUUUCUGAAGGUAGAAAACGCAUGGUAAAAAAAGUGGUAAACAAGUUGCGUUCAAAAACAGUUUUCCGCCAAGUUAAUUUAAUGUGUUGAGGUUUCAUGAUGCUUGUAAUGAAACGGAAGUAGAUCAUUUUAAUAUUGUCCUAUACAUCAUUUGGGGUCUCUAAGCUCCUAUAUGAGGUUUUAUACCUAGCAUGAAAGUACAUCCAUGUAUCUGUGUAAGCUGAUAUAAUAUACACGUUGAUCGUAUAUCAUUUUAAUGCAUAGGCCUAUAGUUUUAAUUAUUGAGGUGAAUCCAUAAAAUUGUGGUAUUCAGAGAAACAAAAUUGGAUAAUCUAGAAGCUAUAUUUAGAUAGUUAUGUGAAAUUGGCUGCUUAAGAAUUGAGCACAUAUAUACAAGUUUAUUCUGUUCCUAAGUGUCUUAACUAAUACAUGGUUUAUUAACACCAAGUAUGUAUUGAAUUAUAAUAAAACUCAUGAAAAAUAAA